CCGGCGUCGGUCUCCGCCGCUCCAGGGGCGGGUGGUGGGCUGAGCCCAGGCCGCUGCCGCUGCCGCCGCCGCCGGGGAGAAGCCGAGAGCGGAGCCGGCGCGGGCCCCAGAGGAGAGCGCGGCUGCCGGGCGCUCGGUCCCGGUCGCGGUGGAGGCCAGGGGCCCGCGGCGAUGUGAGCCAUGAGCGCGACGUGGACGCUGUCCCCCGAGCCGCUGCCGCCGUCGACGGGGCCCCCGGUGGGCGCGGGCCUGGACGCGGAGCAGCGCACGGUGUUCGCCUUCGUGCUGUGCCUGCUCGUGGUGUUGGUGCUGCUGAUGGUGCGCUGCGUGCGCAUCCUGCUCGACCCCUACAGCCGCAUGCCCGCCUCGUCCUGGACCGACCACAAGGAGGCGCUCGAGCGCGGGCAGUUCGACUACGCGCUGGUCUGAGCCGGGGCGCCCCCGGCGGGCCCUCCGCGGGGUCUCCGGGGGCCACCCGACCCGGGCUCUCGGGAUCCGGCCUCGGAGCCCAGCCCGAGGGGGCGGGGGCGUUAGGAGAAGGCCAGCCCCUCCCCGCUCAGACCCUCCCGUCUUCCCUCCUGGCCAGGCCGCAGCCCCACUUGGUGCCUUUAUCCCGCCCUGUCCUCGCUCCUUAACUCACCGGCCAGGCUGGGAAGAGGACCCGCCCCGCCCUCCCCCAGCGUGUAGGUGGCUCUGCUAUUGUCCUGCCGCCGAGCAUGAGUGUCAUGUCUGUUCCUGGAUGCGGGAACCCCCGUGUUCCCUCUCCCUUCCCUGUCCACUCCCUCCUCCGCCCCCCGUAAGUGUGGAGCUCCUCCUUGGGCUGCGGCCUUGCGGGGCAGGCUCUCCUGGGCCCACGGGGUGGGCGCUGCAUACCAAUAUGCCCUGCGCAGCCUGCCCCGGAGACCAAGCCUGAAGAGCGACCAUGGCUGCUGUGUCCAGGAUGCGUGGCGCCUUCCGUGCGGGGAGAGCGCCGGCAGGCUCACUCCCGCCCCCAGCCCAGGCCCCAGUUAAGGUCAGCGCCCCCUCUCUCGGUCACCACCUCCCCCCCUCACUGACCCUCCUGCCACUUCGCCCUGAUCCCUCCUGCCAUGCCCCCCACGGGCCUCCCCCUGCCUUCUCACUCCCUGCCUCUGAGUGAUGGUGAUAAUAAAAGCUAUUGUUGAGCGCUUACUACCUGCCAAGCAGCGUGCUGAGUUAG